AUGCCUGAUACAUCGACACGGAUUCAACAGACGGUAAAAGGCACUAUUGCUGGUGGCAUCACUGGAGGUAUUGAAAUUUGUAUCACUUUUCCCACGGAAUAUGUGAAAACUCAGCUACAACUAGACGAACGUAUGGGGGCAGCCAAACGAUACAGCGGACCAAUUGACUGCGUUAAAAAAACGGUGCAAUCCCAUGGAAUUCGUGGACUGUAUAGAGGAUUGUCCGUACUGGUAUACGGUUCGAUUCCAAAGUCUGCAGUAAGGUUUGGAGGAUUUGAAGAACUGAAACGACAUAAUCUUUCUCCGGACGGAACUUUGUCACCGGCAAAACGCUUUCUUUGUGGCAUGGGUGCCGGAAUAGGUGAAGCAAUCUUCGCUGUGACACCGAUGGAGACUGUCAAAGUAAAAUUUAUCAACGAUCAGACGUCAAGAAAUCCUCACUAUCGAGGUUUCGUCCACGGAGUUCGUUCAAUCGUUCAGGAAUAUGGAAUUGGCGGCUUAUAUAAAGGUGUGACCGCAACAAUCAUGAAACAAGGUAGCAACCAAGCCAUUCGUUUCUUUGUUAUGGAGACCCUGAAGGACUAUUAUCGCAAGUAUCGAGGAGAUCAGACCAGUGGAUUGCCCGUAUCAAAACCACUCACAGGAUUGUUUGGCAUAGUUGCAGGAGCUGCCUCAGUGUAUGGUAAUACUCCAUUGGAUGUGAUCAAAACACGAAUGCAAGGUCUCGAUGCCCACAAAUACAAGAACACAGUUGAUUGUGCCUUAAAAAUUUGGAAAGAAGAAGGACCUUUCGCUUUCUACAAGGGCACCGUUCCCAGAUUGGGCCGCGUUUGCCUGGAUGUAUGCAUCUCUUUCAUGAUCUAUGACUCUUUCAUGGAAAUGUUUCAAAAACCCCGGCCAACCAAAUUGUGA